AUGGGGGCGAGGGAUCUCUCAAACGAACCCGAGGAGCCGGGGCUGGGUGGGGUCCUGGCCCGCAUCCACCACAAGUACCGUCCCCUCCAGCCCCGCCUAGAGGUGGAGGGGGACCCCCAGGACCCCCGCACCGCCCAUGCUAUCUUCCUGAGAGGCUGGAAGCUGGAGGAGGAGGUGCUGGGGGUCUUCAGCCGGUGUUUGCCCUCCCUGGCGGGGCUGCAGGCACUGCACCUCUGGAACGUCCCGCUGCCCGAGGGAGUGCUCCCAGCGCUGGUGGCACUGCUGGGGCGCUGCCCCCGCCUGCGGACAUUCAGCCUGGAGGGGACCCCCAUACCCGAGGCGGCCCUCCCGACCCUGAUGGGCAGCAACAGCACGCUCUCCCACCUUUCCCUGCGCUGUUCCCAGUUGGGGGACGCGGCCGCGCAGCUGCUGGGGGGGCUCCUGUCCACCCCCUCCGGGCCCCCUGCCCGCCUCGUCUCGCUCGUCCUCAGCUUCAACCGCAUCUCGGACCUGGGGGUCAGCUACAUCGCUAAGGGGUUGCGCUUGAAUCGGUCGCUGCUGUCCCUGUCUCUCGCCAACAACGACAUCGGCGACUCGGGGGCUACCAGCCUGGCCGAGGUCCUGGGACCCUUCCCCCUGACCCACCAAGAGGUGGUGCAGAGGCGGCGUCUGCUCUUGGCCCUGGGACGGCCCCUCACGUUGCUGAAGGAUCAGAAAGAGCGAACCCAGAGCCUGCGCGGAAUCCCCGACAGGUUGCUGCCGGGCAAAGUGGGCAAGACCACUCCCAAAAAGAAGGAGCCGCCACGGAAGGAGGAGACCCGGCAGCCCAGAAAGGCACCGGAGUCCAGACCCGCCCGGGGCAAAGAACCCAAACCCAGCGGCCAGGAGAAGCCGGAGGUGUCGGAUCCACUGGAGAGUCCGCAGCCGCUGCUGGAGGAGGUGCGGGAGGAGCCGGGGGGCAGCCUCGUCCUGUCGGGGAAUCGGGCGCUGCUCAACCUCAACCUCAGCCACAACCACAUCUCGGAGCGGGGUCUCGCUGCAUUCCUGUCAGCGUUGGAGCAGCAGCAGCAGCAGGAGGGGACGGGGCGGGGGGGGCUGCGCUCCCUCUCCCUGGGGGGGAACCGCAUCCCCCCCACCAGCCAGGCUCUGGGGAGGCUCCGGGAGCUGCUGCCCUGGGACCCCCAGAGCUUGGGGGGCCAGGACCAGGAGGAGGAGGAGCAGGAUUUGGGCACCUGA